ACGGGGGCAGUGUUAGUUCUGCCUGUAAGCUGCUUCGGUUAUCUCUUGCUGUUUCACGUUGAUUGUAAACAUCAGCUAAGUUUAGGUUUUCGACGGUACCAGUUUUUUAAAUAUAUUUUAACUCGUUUUUAAGUGUGUAUUUUUUUUUUAAAUGUUUAACGGUUUUUUGCACUAAUGGAGUUAGUUACCUAACAACAAUGUUCAGCUCCUCUUCACUCACUCUCUAACCUCACUGUGUAGCCGACCAGGACCAGGUAAUAAUCCCAGUGGAUACAAUGAUUAAGUGUUUGCCUGCAGAGAUUCAGGGGAAACUUCGCUCCGGGGUCGCCAUGCCCUCCCUGCAGCAGUGCGUAGAGGAGCUCAUCCUCAACAGCAUUGAUGCAGAGGCGGCCUGUGUCGGGGUCAGACUGGACAUGGAGGCUUUAAAGGUGCAGGUCGUCGAUAACGGAUCUGGGAUAAACGCUGAAGACAUGCAGAAUCUGGGGAACAGGUAUUACACAAGCAAAUGCAGCGCCAUUGAAGACCUGGAUAACCUCAGGUGGUAUGGUUUCAGAGGAGAAGCCCUGGCAAGUCUAGUGUCUCUAGCCGCCCUGGUGGAAAUCUCAUCCCGGACAAGAUCAUCAGUGAAAACUCACGUCAAACUUUUCAAGGAUGGCAAGAGCAUGGAGGUGUUCGAAGCCGAGAAUAGUCGACCCUCUGCAGGGACAACUGUUGUCAUUUGCAGCUUCUUCCACAGUAUGCCAGUCCGCAGGAAGAGGGUGGAUGCUGUCCUGGAGGGUGAGAGGAUCAGACACAGAGUGGAGGCGAUUUCUCUGAUGCACCCCGCGGUGUCUUUCACUUUGAAGAACGACUGCACCGGAGCUAUGAUGGUGCAGCUUCCCAAAGCUAAAAACACCUACCACAGAUUUGUUCAGGUGCAUGGCCUCGGGCGAGCACAAAAACUUGGAGAAGUCAGCCACGCGCACGGACAGUUUGAAGUGAUCGGCCACAUAGGCAGAGAAGGCCACUACAGCAACAGCUUGCAGUACUUGUAUGUUAAUGACCGACUGCUCCUGAAAACACGGCUACACAAGCUGUUGAACUUUCUCCUGCGCAGGCUGAGCAGCUCAAGUAAGAAAAAUGACAGUCCAGAUGGGCAGUCCGCCAUAAGGAGUCCAAAGCUCAAACGAAGCCAAGAGCAGCAUGGAGUAUAUAUCAUCAAUAUUAAAUGCUCUUACUCAGAGUAUGACAUAUGUCUUGAGCCUGCCAAAACUCUAAUAGAGUUCAGCGAUUGGGAUGGCAUUUUGCUCUGCAUGGAGCAGGCGGUGAAAGCUUUCCUGAGUAAAGAGAACUUGGUGGCUGAAUUCUCUCAAGAUGACGUGGAUUAUUUAUCUCCCAAAUUGUUUGGCACUCACACUUUGGACCAAGAGGGACCAAAAAAUAGCGAUGGCGAUGGCCAAGAGACUAACAGUUCUUCCACACUAGAUUGCAGUAUCGGGAUGAAACUGGUAUCUGAUUCUGUUCAUCGUAAGCACAAAGAUGAAGGUGCAUCUGAAGACACUGUUUGCCAGGGGUGUGGUACGAUGGAGGGAAAAGAAGAGACUGAGCAAACAGGGCGGCAAAGGGUCACUGCGAAUGGGCUGGAAAGGGAAAAAGGUGAAGGGAACAAAGAGUGUGGUGGUGAUCUGGACAGAAUGGAACCUGAGUCUUAUAGAAACAUUACUGAAGAAGUGGAGCUGGCGGUUAGUGAGGAUGGAGAAGACCCUCAAAAUGUAUGCAUGUCUAAUCGGAUCGGACAACCAGGAAGUGAAAUAUGUGGCAGAGAGAUACAAUUAAGCAAUCUGACUUUACAACAUAACAUCACUCAACAAAUUCAGCCUGGUUUAAACACAAUUGAGCGAAUAUUACCUGACUUCCAGGUUAAAGGACAGUCUAUUAAAAGCAACAAAAAGAUAAGUGUAAGUGAUCCUUACAUUCAUGAAAGUCUACAGACUCAGGGUUCAUCCCAAAACUACGCACUCCUAUUUCAGCAGCAGAGAUUAGAGAGAAAGUGUGAAGCUAGAGCCUUUGUAUCAAAACACAAAAUCUCACUGGAUGCAGACAAUGACAAAUCUUGUCCGAAACGAUGCGGAGACUUUGUUCCUAUUAUUCCCUCAAAGAUUCCCAGGAUUGGUUCUAUUCACAAGUUAUCUUUAUGUAAGGAGUCUGGAUCUCUUGAGAAGUUUAGAAGAGAGUGUUGUAAAUCUGCCGAACCGAAAUUACCUUCUCUAGAGACUCGGCAAGAGAAUAAUGCUAGACCUCCAGAGACAGACAGCUUUGCUCCAAAUUCCAAGAAUGUGUUUGUUUGCCAGAAAGAACAGCAAGGUGGUGACGUUACAGGAAAAGAAAAAGAAGAAACGGGAAGUCCAGCAGCCCUUUCAGUUUUCACCAAGUUAAAACCAGUCUCAGGCGAGAAUGAAACCAAGAAAACGUUGGCAACCAAACUCUGCCAGUUGAAACAACACAGAAAAGACAAUUCAAAUGCAUCUCCAAAACUGUCCAAGACCUCCUCACAGGACGGUGAUGACGUCACCGAAGACCGCAAUGACAAUGAAAAUCCCUGGUGCCCUGCACUGGACCCUGAGCCGGGUUGCAGUACAAAUCCCCUGCUAGCUGAGACAGAAAAGGCCACAACAUCUGGAGACUGGCUUCAUCACUAUGAUAAGUCCGUGGGAAAGAUGGUUUACGUGAACAAAGUGACCGGGCUCAGCCGAUACAAGGACCCACAUGCUGAAGAAACACAAGUGCGCUGUACAUCUGAUGUCACCAACAUGGCAGUUAGUGUGAUCUCUGAAAUGGGGACGGAGCACAGGUGUUACCCGUUUCAGGUGGCUCUAGUGUUGCCCUUCCUCCCUAAAUCCAGGAGAGAGAGAGUGAUUAGUUCAGGGCUUGAUGACAGAGAAGACAGUGCAGAAAACUCACUCACCUCACUGUACUCAAAAUGGAAUAAUCCUGUGUUCAUCCGCCCUCCUAUGGUUGGUGUGGACAUAUCCAGCAGGCAAGCUGAUGGACUAGCCGUUAAAGUCCACAACAUCCUGUUUCCCUACCGUUUUUCAAAGGACAUGAUUCUCUCAAUGAAGGUUAUUCAUCAAGUGGAUAAGAAGUUUCUUGCCUGUCUUAUCAACACGCAAGAAACUAAGAGCGAAGAAGAGCCAUUAACACUUACUGAAACUAAAGGAAACCUUCUGGUGCUGGUGGAUCAACAUGCUGCACACGAGAGGGUUCGUCUUGAAAAUCUAGUUGCAGAUUCAUAUGAAGAUGAUCCAGAUGCACCAGGACAGAGACGUCUGUGUUCAUCGACCAUUUUUCCACCUCUUGAGAUGAGUGUUACAGAGGAGGAGCUAAGGCUUCUCAGGUCUUGGCAGCCCCAUUUGCGGAGUUUGGGCCUGGAAGUGACGUUCUCAGGGGCAGUAGCUCCACACGUUUUUGUAGGGAAAGUACCUCUGUGCUUCAUGGAAAAGGAGAGUAAUGAGCUCAGGCGAGGGAGACCUUCUGUAAUCAAGCCUAUUGUGGAGGAGUAUCUUCGAGAGCAGAUAGAGUUACUUUGCACAACAGGAAGAGUAAGAGGGACUCUGCCUCUGACUGUGCUGAAGGUGCUAGCCUCCAUAGCAUGCCAUGGUGCCAUCAAGUUCAAUGACAGCCUGAGCAGAGAUGAAUGCUGCAGCUUGGUGGCGUCCUUGUCCUCCUGCCAGCUGCCCUUCCAGUGUGCCCAUGGCCGUCCAUCCAUUGCUCCGUUAGUAGACAUCCUACAUCUGGACAAAGACCAGAAGGAGUUGCAGAAACCCAACCUCGGAAGGCUGAAAAGACUAUAUAAGGCAUGGAAACUAUAUGGAGAUAGAUAAGUGGGUAUACAUUUUAAAUGAAAUAUGCAGUUUUUAUGAAUUGUAACAUUAAAUGGCUCAAAUGGUUGAAAACUUAAAAAAGUAAAAAAAAAAGACCUAAAGUCUUGGUGUAAAAAAUGUUGUGUGCUAAUAAAGCAACCGCAAAUUCAAAGUAAGACGGAGUGAUCUUCAUAACCAGAAAUGAGUAACACCUUGUGUUGUAAGCUCGUAAAAAAACAAGACUUCAACAAGUAUACAUUGAUGACAUUAUCAUCAGGUAAAUACUAAAGUGUGCAUUGUGGUAAUCGUCUCAAUGUUUCAAAAAUUGCUGCACAUUUGACGACAAAGCUUUUCGCCUCUGGUUUUCUUGACAAACAUUUCAAUCAAUCAGUUUCUUUGUCUGGAAUAUGUGCACUCAAAAAGCAGCUCUCAUUGAAGUGGCUGAAGCUGGUCAGGACAGGAUACAGCGGUUAAAUCAGGAAACCUCACAUUGUUUCUUAAUGCCAAGAAGCACUGAAUUGUGUAAGAAAAUAUCACUCCAUUUAUUGUGUCGAACAUCUCUGCCGCUCAUUACUUGGAGAAUGUUGUUUAAGAUGUCUUAAAUGCACCUGGUGUAAGAGGAAUCCGUUCCUCUACUCUUGCGAUCUGGCACAGAGAUUGUAAGAGUGAAAAGUAUUGAUAGUGUUUAGAUUUUGUGACUUCUCUGCCUCGUCUUAUUUGCUGUUGACACAAUUGUGGACAGGCAUCGGAGCCAGUUUGGAUUAAUACACUGUACUCAAAAUUGUCAAUCAGUAUUGACAAUUUAUUUCUGACAGGGAUCUGAUGAAAUAGUUUAUUAUUAAGAGAGAGAAAGAGCUUUGUAAUUUGGCUUCUGGUAAAAAGGUAUUCAAUUUAAGUGGAUAGAGAGAGUUUAUAUUAACAAGAAUGUCUCUAUCGUUGAGGAUGCUGUGACCAAAUGUCUGACAGGAAUGAAUGACUUGAACAUUUCAUGACAACCUGAGCAGGUUUGCCAUUUGUUUAUGUGCCACACAAGAACCUUCUCAUCACUUUUACAUUCUUGGCUGCUCGCUGACUUUCUACUUACCUUUGAAAAGAACAUUCUUGGUUUUUGUCUUCCUGAAGACAUUUUUAAGAGUUGGUCGACAGUUGGAUUUGUGCAUUAAACACCAGUUGUGAAAAGGACAGAGAUCAGUGGGGGGGGGGAAAAAAGUCUCGACUGGUGCUAAUCCCUUUCUAUUGUGAGGGAGGUGAAGGAUGAUGCUGCUCCUGUCACAGGCAGUCCCCCUCCUCCUCUUCCUCCUCCUCCUCCUCCUCCUCCCCUUCAGUUCUUGGUCUGGUCGCGUCACAUCUCCGCCCCCACAUGUGCAAUCUCUCCUCCUCCUCCUCACCACCUCCUCCCCUAGUAAACAACUCAGCAUCAUUUCAUUAUGUCUGCUAGCAGCCCUCGAGUCCCAUCUUUGAAGAAAGGCAGGCCCAAAUUGCUCAGCUUAUACCGAGACAUGUGCCAGACUGUGAAUUGAAAAAAAAAAAAAAAAUGCAGCACGUUUCACCCCCCAUAAAAACCGAUAAGUUGAUCUGUAAACUAAAUACGUACAGUCGACAUAUGGUUAAAAGAGUCGCAAUUAGAUAAUCAUUUACAUUAGGCCAAUAAAUUAAACGCAGGCUAUUUAUAUAUUUUUUUUUUACCUUUGACUUGAUGAAUGCACCAAUCGCACAGGAAAUGGUGGCGUGUGUGUUUAAAAUAGUCUCACGUUUCUCACCUCACAUGCAUUCAUAUUCAGCGGAUCUUUGUGAAUGGGAGUUAGAAGACCUUGUCGUGCUCUGACGACGUUACGAAUCAAAUGAAAACGAAAUGUGUCAAAACAAGAAAUGUAAAUAAAGGGGGG